AUGCAGGAGUCGGCCCUCAUAGAGGCUGUAAGCCAAGGGAUCCCCGAGAGCUGGACUUGGCAAGCGGGACUCAGACGACCAAAUGAACCAAAUGUAUUUUGUUGCGGCGUACUUAUCGGUAGUUCUUGGGUUCUUACUGCUGGAAACUGUGUUUACGCUAUGAAGGACUUCGUGCCAACCCCACUAAUUGAGGUAAUCAUAGGUGAAAAAGACCUUCGGAACAAAGACGGAGUCGCCUCGAACGUGACUGAGGUGUUCCUUCACAAUAAGUACGACCCUGAUACUCAAGACUACGACUUUGCACUCUUGCGGCUCGCAGAUCCUGUAGAACAAGGCCCAUUGAUGUACAUUCGUCCAGUCAAGUUGCCCCCUGAACAAUUAGACUUUGAAUCAGGGACGGUCUGCUUUGUGUCUGGGUACAGAGCGCCAAAACCCGGGAAUAACUCUUUUACGAAACUGAUAACCGUUCAAGUACCUAUUGCAAGUGAUUACGCAUGUAAGAAAGCUUAUCAGGAUCGCACCAUAACAGCGAGAAUGUUCUGCGCAGGUUUUGAGGAAGGCAAUGCUGUUGCUUGUCAGGGGGAUGGGGGAGGACCGCUGGUCUGUAAGGAUGGUAACAAUUGGUAUUUAAAAGGGCUAGUGAGCUGGGGACGAGGUUGUGCUGUCCCAGGAAGCUAUGGAGUUUAUGCGAAUGUAAAAAAGGCUAUGAAGUGGAUAGAGAAAAUAACGGGACUUUCAGGAGACGAACCUGAACACUGAAUCUUAUCGUUGCAUUAACGAUAAUCGUGUAAUAAUGGGCAUCAGUUAAACUUUCAUGAUUUUUGCAACGACACAUUCUCACAAGACCACACGUGCCAUUGCUCAAUUGUUUUAAUUAAAUUUCAAUAGUCGGGAAACAAACUGAUUAUCGCAUUUGCUUCGUAGCAUCAAUUUAACCUUUCUCCAUGAGACAAUUUUUCUGCGUUUUAUUUGCGAAAUUUUCAUGAGUGUUUAAGCAAAAUUCAUUUUCAUCAGAGUGUAAGCAAAAUUCAUUUUCAUUAGAGUGUUUAAGCAAAAUUCAUGUUGUCAACUGUCGCUUGUCGUGACAACAACAUUCACCAAAGAUUUGGAUUUUAUUGCGCACGUACAAAUUUAUUCAAAAUCGUUAUAAAUCGAUACGGACUAUAUCUGGUGUUUAAAAAAUUGGCUACAGUUCUGCGCUUUUCAGUCAGUAUAUCAUUACGUUUUACUUUGAAGAAUUUGUUAAAAUGACCUGCUUUGUGCUGUCGUUUCUCUGAGAAACGACACGCCCCCAGUGGCAGAUGCUGUAAGAAAAGAUUCUAACACAUAGUAGAAAGAUUGAGGGUAAAAAUGUUUACUUUUAUGAUGUUAGCCUUUGUGAUCCUUUGUUCUCAGCUAUUUGGAAACAACGUCUCAGGUAAGUCAACUAUUGUAAUGAUAUCACUUACCAAAUCACAAGAACUGCAAAUCUCUUUCAAAAAUUCUUUUGAAUUCCUUUCUGAUAAACAGUCUCUUGAAAAAUAAAUUGUUGUCAUAUUUAAGCCAGGAUUAUGACCGCAGAUACCGAAUUUUGGGGUCGUUCGCCCCCUAUCAUUAGAUUUGUACACCAGUUUUCUAGCUAUCAUCUUUGCUUUCAACCUUCGAUCCAAUUUUUUUUAUUUGUGUACUUCUCUUAAAGUUUUGACACACAUGCUUUGAUUCAUAUUUUAAGGGGCUGGUGAAAAAAACAUAACUCUAACCAACAUCACAAAUCAACAUAUGCAAUGUUCUUAUAAAGCAAUUGACCUCAUUACGCAGGAAAAGCUCGUAAUUGUUGGAGGUAGGGAUUAACUUUUUGUAUUUUUAAUUUGUAUUAUUACAUUGUUUUUUUUUUUUUUUCAUAAUUGCUUCUUUCAAUCGUUAUUUUAAACUACAGGCUGCUAACAGAACUUAUGCCUUUUAGUGUCAGUAGAGCUAUUAUAAGUUAUAUUAAUAUUAGCUAGCGAAUCAAAGAAUCGGGUAUCCAACAAUUGUCUAAAAAUCAUAGAGAAUUCAAGUCAUUAUAGCUUUUGGCUUUAUGUAGAAAUUGUGCUGAGCUUUGGCCAUUACACUCUCUCUUGCUCAGCUUGCAACGGGACACCUCCUCAUGUCCCUUGGCCACCGAUGCCCUCAGUUCCUGCACCCUGCAUUCAAGGUAGGUUGACUCAUACUUUCGGUCAAGCACCUACCUGGGAGGGUGCGAUAUGGCUCUGAAAUGAUAAACUAAAACGCGAGAAGACUGUUGGAACCCACAAAGACGACAUACUGGUAAAUUGUAACCAAUCGCAAACUAGAUAAUGGUCAAAUAUUGGUCGCACAAAAUCAGAGCUCUUUUCCACCAAAGGAAAAUAUCAAAAAGGAAGUCUUGGAGAAUGAUUCGAAGUAAAACAAGUGAGGUAUCUAAUGCGCAAAAUAACCUGACUGACAGAAUCUUUGAGGUUAUGCAUCUGAAGGCUGAAGGGAUGACGUGAGUGUUAUAACUCAUUAUUAACCCAAACCCCCAAAAACUGAAAACUUAUGCAAUCUCUGUUGGUAAUUGUUCUUUCGUUGCAUUCCCCGUUUUCAACUUUUUUGUGACGCAGGCAAUACAUCCGCACCUGCUUGGCAACUGCAGCCGAGUUAUAUCGUCGGGGGAAUUGAAUCCAAGAGAGGUCAGUGGCCAUGGCAGGCUGGACUGAAGCGAUCUGCAUCGGAAAAAAUCUUCUGUGGUGGCUCGCUGAUUGAUCCUCAGUGGGUAUUGACUGCUUCUCACUGUUUGUACGAAAUGUCCAAAUACUCCAAAUCGGGAAAUAUACCCCACAUUCAGGUAUCGUUGGGAGAGUACAAUCAAGGAAAAAAGGACCCAGAGGAAGUGAAUGAAAACGUCGUAAAGCUCUUCCUACAUGAUCAAUACGACCCACAAACUUUAGAUUACGAUGUUGCGUUGCUUAAGCUUAAAAAUCCUGCAAAAUUAACAGAGAUUGUAAGGCCUGUCUGUCUUGUGGACGAGAAGAUUGACUUUGGCCCUGGAACUAACUGUUUCGUCACAGGUUUUGGAGUCACUGAGCAGGGUGGGGAAGUGUCAGCAAAACUACAAGAAGCGAACGUACCAAUAGUGGCACAACAAACUUGUCAAGCAGCAUACAAAAAUAAAAAGAUCACACCCAGAAUGCUGUGUGCAGGCUAUGCUAAAGGAGGCAUUGAUGCGUGUCAAGGAGACAGCGGAGGACCGCUGGUUUGCAUGAACAACGGCAAGUGGUUUCUAAAAGGAAUCGUAAGCUGGGGAAUUGGUUGUGCGAGGCCUGGUGCUUAUGGUGUCUAUUCAAACGUGAAAGAAUUCUUACCGUGGAUUCGCAAUAUCAUAAACAGCGAGGUGGAGGACACCAACCUGACUUGAUUUUAAGAAAUUCAUGAAAAUUUGAUUAUUUAUUUUUCCCGAAGGAAAAACUGAAUUAAACUGAAUAUCAUUCGAUAAAUCUUUUGUUCCUAUUCAUUGGCCAAGAGUGUAAAAACUGAUCGUCCCUUACAGUUUCGGUGUGCUUUAUUUCUAGUGAUCCACGCCCCUCUGUAUUCAAUGGUAGAUUGCUUUCCUGAGGUGUUAGGUGAAGAUUCCCGAGGAGUGAUUUUAAGUUCAAACUCGAUGAUCCGUAGUUUUCCCGAGCCUUUAAUCUGAAUGAAUAUCACAUUAAAAAAUCUCAUUGAACUGCUAUCACUUGAAGGAUAACCUAAAAUCUUAGAUGCAGAAUGAAAUUCAUUCCCCUUUUCUAUCGUUUACAGUCAAAAUUCAAACCCCUCUUCAGGGGUUUAUGAUUAAACCCCUGAAGAGUGAAGCGAUUCACGAAACAGGCUUGUCGGGAAAAUGUAGUUGCGUCCUUUUUUUCUCUUAACAUAUAUAUAUAUAUAUAUAUAUAUAUAUAAAAUGGAGGGUAAUGUUUGAAUGGUAUUUUCUACGAGGAGCCAAAGACAAAUUUUUAGACAAAAUACUUUCCCUUUUGAAAGAAAUUGGUGGCAUAAGAAAAAGGGUAGACACUACACUUGAAUGAAAAAUUAGAGACGGAUGCAUUUAUGCCUUCAAGCGCAAUGAAGGCAAGUUAAAAUUCUGAGUAAAUUGAUUCGAGACUUGAUACAUGCACCGCAAGUACUCGGACAGUAAUUCUGAUUUUAUGUGUAAUAAAUAGUUCUGUAAAUAACGAAGAAUAUAAACCUUUAAACGAGACACUGUGCUUUUAACUGCCUUGGUUCUUUCGCAUUGCCUGAACGGAUCAAAUAGAUAUUUCUCAUGUACUCUGAUGUCUUCCUUCAUUUCAUUUUCACAGAGUCAGAUGACUACAUGAUCAAUAUCUCCUCGAGAGAGACAUAUCGUGGCUUUAAUCAUCAAUUACUGGGUAAUUAGGGGUAACCAGAAGAAUUAAGUAAUUUUUCAGAAAAUUUCUAGAAUAUCUUAAUUGCUGACACAACUUGAGAGUUUUCUAUCUUUUAUGAAAGGAUGUUACGGGCCACGCCCAAAGUGUAGAGCCACCAGCAAGAGAGGGAGGGCAAUAGCUCACAACACAAAUUAACAAACAGUAUCUACUACGGUGGAAGACUGCAGGAACUAUGAAUCUCCAGGUGAUUUCUUUUUGGGCCUUCAGAAAGGUUUAGUGUCAUUUAUUAAAAAUCGUAUCGAGGAAGUAACCUUUGUCCCUCUUAAACAAUUUCAAUAAUGUGUGCGAUUAGGAAUAUCUUUGAAUACUCAGUUGAUCAACUUUUCAUUAUCCAAAUGUAUACGUUUAGGUGUAACUAUCUCUGAGUUUUUUUGAACAGAGACCUGAAGAUUUCAAUGAGGAAUUCACAACAGAAACAGUCGUUCUUAUUACGACUGUGAAAGUGGUAUAUUAGAAGGCAUUAGAUAUAACAAUAGCGUUAUAUUUGACAACGAAAACAACUAUUCAUUGUUAUUAGAACAGGGACUUUUCUGACACAAUUUUCAAGAUAAGUUAUGAGAUUUGAGAUUGAAAAACUUUUUGGCUUUCCCUCCAAGUAACAAUACACCUGUUAAGUGAGCGACAUAGGCAAUCAGAUAUAAUAUAUUGAAUAAGAAAUACUGAUUACAGGGAAAACAAAUGGCAGUUCGGUCUGUUUGAUAACCGAAUAUUUCUUAUCGACUCACUUUUAAUUUAGGAGAUUUGCCUAUCAAGGUAUGGUUACCUUAUGUUUACGCUCCUGGUGAUCAGUCUCGCUUUGAAGGGUAAGAAUAGUGUAUACAUCAUCUAAGUACUUUUAACGAACGAAUCGAGUGGAAGAGAAUUCAAAAGAUAGCAUCUGUUUAACUCUUGAAGGUAGAGUCGAAAUGUUGUUGAUUGACCGAAUCCUGGUGAUCAUAUAAACCGGAUUUUAGGCCAUUGCUACUCUAAAAGUGUUAGAAUCGUUAUGAAAAUAUUGUUUUUACUUUCCUGUAUAUUUAAUCUUGUUGAAAUUUAAAUACUAUUAAGGGCUCGCAUAUGAUGAAUUCGACAAAGAAUGUGUCCGUGUCCAUAAUCAGUUAAGAGCACUCCACAAUGCUUCUGCCCUUUGCUGGUCAGAGUCUUUGGCCGGGGAGGCCCAGAAAUGGGCUGAAAACUUAGCGAAUAGGGACCGUGUGGAACAUGAUUACCAGGAUCUUAUCACAAAGGGCCAAGGAGAAAACAUUGCUUGGAUUAAUUCGACAACUGAAAAGUGCGAGGGACCUAAAAAGCCUGGUUGUGUAGGCUGCGGAGAUAUUGUAAAGAAGUGGUACAGCGAAGGAGAAAAUUACGACUUUCAGAAAGGUGCUGCGAUUGAUCCAGGUCAACCUGUCCAUCACUUCAAUCAGGUAAUGUACGAAUUUAAAUUGCUCAAGCUAAGGGCAAAGUACGCUAGAAUGAAAAUAGAUUUCCGACUAACUGUUUGUGGCAAACAAAGCUAAUUACAUCUCUGUUAAUUAUGUCUCGGUUUUCAGUUUCAUCAGUAGAAACCUAAGUCGAGGACGUUUCAGUAUAAUUAUCUUACCAUACAAUGGGUUCUCGCUGCGAUAAGUUGUUGCCCAUAAUUUAUCAGAGCCCAGACGCACAUACAGAUAUUUUUUCCUUGCUUUACCCAGAGGCACCAUGAUCUGUUAGAAGUAACCUAGCGCGAUUAGUGGCAGCUCAAAAUGUUAUUCUCAGAUUUUAUCAAACAUCGUUUUCCACGUACAUGUUACAUUAUACCACCCGGCUGCGCAAAACCGAUUUGUCUGUUCACUUGAACACAAUGUCCUCUAACACAGAUUGUAUGGAAGUCCACAACAGAACUAGGGAUGGGGAGUGCUCGAAGUAAUGAACAUGGCUUGAUAAUAGUAGCACGAUAUAGUCCCAUGGGAAGCACAGGUGGAACUGUUUCUUUUCUGCAGAACGUCGUUCCCUCAGGUGCGUUGACCAAAGAUUUUCGUAGAAUGAUUGAGAUAUUGCACCUGCUCUCAUUGGUCGAUAAGUGCGUUGAGGUGAAAGAACAUAAACCUUCUGGUAAUGCAUGAGAAUCGUGCGUAGUUUUUUAUAAAUAUCGUAGAGCAGUAGCAUACAUUUCGCGUGUUUCCAUAAUACUCGGCAUAUUGAAUCUUCCACAGUUCCACAGUAGAAACCCUCGGCUACAUCUCAGGUUUACUAAACUGACUGGAACUCCCGAGCCCCUUUUUAGUUAAAAUGUCUGCAACACGUAUAAGGACUGACAUAAUAUUUUCGUACAUAUGGAAAUAAACGGAAAAAGACUAUUAAGUUUGGAUAGAUAGAUGAUAAAUAAAUGGGCAAAUAAUUAAUCAAUGAACGAUUCGGUUUCGAAAUGUCUGUUACAAUCCGAUAAGUUGGUUAAACCUAAAUAACUUCGAAGACAAGAAGAAUAUGAUGCAUGUAUGAUCUAUCUUUUAGGUCAAAAGUCUGGAAACGUUUCUCUAGAUACAACAGGUAAAAAAAAAAAACAGACUACCAUGACUACUUAGCAAUCCCUCACGAGAACUAAAGGUAUAUGCACUGAUUGCAAAAUUACUACUCUAACUUACUCUCGCUAUCAUCCUAACAACUGCAUUUCUUACAUUUUAUUCGUCUCUUCCGUAAAAACAUUAAAAAAAAAUUGCACGCAAUUAAUUUUUUUAGUAAAUCAUUGCUCCUUUCCAAACAUAACAGAUCAAAACACAAAGUCGAAGCCAGAAACAACUGUAAUAAAGAUCACCAAAGUCGUGCAAAGUAAGUAAAAAUACCUCACUUCACGGCGGUGAGGACGCACCAGAGUUAAUGGGAAGUACAAAAUGGACGCACAAAGAAUUUCAAUAAACAAAACAUCAAUAUAUUUGUGUUAAAUAGAGAUGAUAUCAAUGACUUGAAAAACAAUCAUGGCGUUUAUGAUGUUGGUGAUGUCGUUUGUGUAUAGUUCUCGUAUUUGUCUGAGGUAAUGUUUAUGUUAUCAUAACGAUGUCAAUUAACAAUUGGUUCAUAUGUCAGCGUGCGUUCAUCGAGAUAUGAAGAACGCGGGAAGUUUGGAGAGCACGAAAGAUGCCUCUAGCUUCUUGAGUGCUCUCCAAACUUCCCAAGUGCUUCAUAUCUCGAUAAACGCACAGCUGACGUAUGAACCAAUUGUUUUAUAACAUUUUCAACCCGAAGGAAAAUUUUUUCUCGAGGGAUUUGUUUGCUGACGUCAUGAGCGUGCACAAUAGGAAUAUGAAACACGCUCGCUGAAUUGAAUUUGAUUAGUCAAAUUUACUAGCUAUGCUAUAAAGCUGUUUAACUCAUUCCUUACAAAAGUUCAUUAGUUAGCUUGGUUCCUUGAUUUUCUUAAAAUUGAUUUCUAGAAUUUCCUCUAGGGAUAAACCCAGAAGAAAAUGAGACGCAAGGUAAGCUGAGUGUUUUUUUUAUUUCUCGUAGUUAGCCCAAAAGUAGUUCCAGUAGAAAAACUGAGUUACAAUCAUAUUCUUUCUUACAAAAUUGAAAUGAGACGAAAUAUCGGUCAAUGCCAGAAUAUACUCACACGGCUUGUGGUUUCCGUCAGGCUAUUCGAGGGUGAUUAUUUGCAUACUAAAGGGAAAUAAGCCUACUUGGUUAGAAAUAUGUAUGGAUUAUCAACGACGACUCUUAGCGCUGCCCCCCUCCCUUAUGACCUCAACCUCUAAAACAUUAUUUGAGGGGAGAAUGUAAGGAGGAUGGAAUUAUAAGUAUUAUAAGAGCGCAAUCUGUAUAAAUAUUGACAUUACGAUCGAAAUCGAAACCAACAAUAUACAAGCUUCAUCUGCUUCAACCUUUGCUCAUGCAUAUUUUUCCUAAUUUCGACCCGCCCUCGUCACUAGCCCCUACGACAAGCUCUGGACCAAACGGGAACUCCAUGACUUGUGGAAUCAGAAAACCCAGCCGUAUUGUUGGAGGUGAAGUCGCAUAUCCAGGUGCUUGGCCGUGGCAAGCAGGAUUCAAACGUGAUGCAAAUGACAUAAUCUUCUGCGGAGGAUCCCUAAUAAACAAAGAAUGGAUCGCCACUGCGUCUCACUGCGUUUAUGACUUACUCAGUAUGAACAAAAACGCUGUGUUAGUGGUGAAGCUGGGUGAGUUUGACAAGGCGAAUAAAGAGGAGCAAGAAAUCUCAGUAAAAACGAAGAAAAUCAUCAUGCAUCCAAACUACAAUUUUAAAACCUUGGAUUACGAUAUCGCCCUUGUGCAACUGGAGGAACCACUUAAAGAGUUUAGCACAUACAUUCGACCCGUGUGUAUGCCAGAUGGUAGCGAGACGUUUGACGAGCAAUCAAAGUGUUACGUAACUGGAUUCGGAAGAACACAGCAAGGAGGAGAGUUAGCCGGAAUGCUGCGCAUGGCAAAGAUACCGCUGGUUAGCAAAAAAACGUGCAAACAGGCAUAUGGCGAGAAGCUUACAGACCGCAUGAUCUGUGCAGGUUUUCCCAAAGGAGGAAUAGACGCAUGUCAAGGAGACAGUGGUGGACCGCUGAGCUGUUUACAUGAGGGCCGUUGGUAUCUGACUGGCGUUGUCAGCUGGGGAGUGGGAUGUGCUCAGCCUAACGCGUAUGGUGUCUAUUCCAAAGUACAGGUGCUGAAGGACUGGGUGCAAGCUACUAUAAAGGCUAACGAGUAGUAAGUCAAUGUCUGAGAUAAACACAUAAAUUCAAGGUUAAAGAAGGCAUACGUUAAAGCUAUGGAUGGCUCUUUCUCUUGAAAUGAAUAAAUUAAAAUUGCAAACUUAAAAAGAGGUGCUCCAGAUAGUGUGUUAUAACUGACAUUACUUCCGUUGAUAAAUAAUCGUCCCGAUAAGAAAGCACUUCCCAUUGUGCCUUUUCCUUACACAACCCUGUUUUACACUAUACAAAAAUUCCGGAUUAGACAAGAGUGGGGAUGGUGUUUUAAAUCUUAUUUUCCACUCUAAUUUCCAAACCACAGCUUCUUGUUGAGAGAAAAUAUUGCGAGUAUCAAGGAAAAUGUACUACUCGAAAACAAGAUUACCAACUCGCUCUCUCACCUGAGGAAGUUAAACAGAAAUCACGGUUUCGAGGAUCAAAAACUACUCGUAGACACCGCUAAACCUAAGGACAUGUAGAAGCAUAAAAUAAUUUCUCAAUCACUGCGAGGCUCAGAAAAACGUAUUGAAAACCACAGCAUGAAAUAUGAAUAACGUAACAAUUGAUUGCGAGAGUCGGAUAUCAUUACGAUGCCAAAGAUAACCCCAGGUCAGAGCCUGAAGACUUAAAAAGUCAUUACAAUCUGCCGUUGGAAUUAAAAGAAAAAAGACUCAUACGAAAGCUCAUAAAAAAAAAAGAUGCCACUGAACGGACAGUAAUACAGAAAUGCAGACAUCACAACGAGGCUGACAACUCAUACCGUGAUCCUUUGAGAAAUCGUUAAAAGUAUCAUUACGAGGCUCAAUCAAAAUUAUGGAAUCAAGAAGACGAAGGGACAUUUGGUUGUCUUUGCUUUGUUACAAUACCUGUAACAAAGUUACAGUUGUAUCUGACUAUGCUGUAUGUAAAAUUUGGUUAAGCAACACAUUAGAAAAUCACUGUAAAACAAAUUACUUAAACAUCUAGACUUAACAAUAAUAGAAACCUGAGCACUUAACCAUUCUCGAGAGAGACAUGUUCAACAAGCGUUUAAGCUUCUCAUUCAUCCACCUGUACAACUUUAUUCAUCUUGUGGCACAAAGCACAACCUCAGUUUUCAAUAAUAAAUAACAUUUGAACUCGAUCACUAUAUUCAACAAAGUGAAAGUAAUGAGGUGAAACAAAACUGAAAUUUCGACACGAGGAAAGCUACGUCGAGAAAUGUUGCGUUAGCUUGGCUGGAGCAAGGCUGACUGGUGAGUGGACCAAUCUUUUUUAUUAAAUUUAUAUCAAUCAAACUAUUGAACACUGGGAAAAUAUCACUCUACUAUCUUAAUUUUUCUUUUAUCACAUUGUAAGAAAUGUCACAUUACAAAGAAAGUCGGACACCGGUGAAUCGUUCCCUAUUAGGAGAUUAUAGGCUCGAUUCCUGCGAUUAAAUGUUUCAAUAAAAAAAAUUUAACUGAGUAAUACUUGAGAUUCGGUUUAAUGUCUUUCAAAAUAAAACUUCAUGAUAAGAGUGUUUCCAUAACUUUUCAAUGGCUCAAUUGAUUCAAGUGCUAGCUUUCUUCACACACCCUCACCUUUCAUACACCAACUGGACCAGACCUAACGGAUCAUAUUCAAUCUAAGUACAUACUUCUUCGGCUGUACUUAAACUGAAGUAUACUAAGUUGCACGUGUAACUGACAGCGCAAAAUAAUGUCUAAGCGUGCAUCACCUACAGUCGCGUUAUCGCAGUCAGUUUUUAAUCAAUGAUCAAUUUGUUGGUCAUGGCAAGUUUUUGAAAACGAUCUAUGGCUAAUGUAUGCGAAACGUAAAUUUUACUGCGAGGAUUUUGCUUUCAAAGCAGGUAGUUUUCCAACGAGAGACACCCUGUAUUUCAAUUUCAGUAACUUUAAAGUUAUUCACAUUGAUAUCAAAUCACAGAGCAGAGAUGCCGCACCAUACGAAGUGUGCUUUGGUUUGCAAUCCGUAGAGUGUUGAUCUUUUGGUUUUAAAUCAUGUUACAUUUUACAAUAGGUUUAGCGGAUCAUCAUCAGCCCAACGACAUGCUUGUUUUUGUGGUUUUGCAAGUCUUGUUCACCCUGGGUACUGUACAUAACACUUUUUCUCUUCGUUUAUUUUAUCUUGUGAAGCCAUUAUAAAUGUCAGUAUUAUUCAUAAAUAAAAGUGAUGAGGACGCAGACCAAAAGUGUUUUUAAGUCAAAAUAGAUUUGUAGAUUCAGCAACCAUGUUUAAGUAAUCCUCUAAAACCUAUUGAAAAGUUUCACUUACCAGUAUUUCGGUGGUGAAGUUAUGGUAUGGAAAAACUGGUUAUUUUUGGAAUGGGUAAUAAAAUGAACGAUGAUACGAUAAAUGAUAAUCGUGACAUAUUCUGUUCUCAAUUAAUUAAAAGGCCUGUUUUUAAACACCGCUACUUAUCCUUAUUGAAGAUGAUUGAGCAUUACCCACAACAGUUUCCCAAUUUAAACACUCCACGAAAUAUUUAUAUUACUUAAAAGAUGUAUCACAAGUGUGAAGAACUUGUUUCUUGUUAAAAUGAAUUCUCAAUGUCAAGCGCAGAUGUUUGUGGUCAAAGGUUGAUUCAAAUAAGAGGAAAUAUAUGUAACGAAACCGGUGAAAGCUGAAAUCUAAAAUUUGCCUCACAGGCUCGUCAUUCGAUAUUUUUGACGAAAACUGCUUAAUUUCGACCAAUUUAUUGAGAAGGCGACAUGGUGUUCCAGACCUCACUUGGUCAGAAGCUCUCGCAACUGAUGCUCGCAAAUGGGCAACUUUCUUGGCUGAAAGUGACACUUUCGAACACGAUUAUAGCAGUAUGCAAGAAAAACACCAAGGAGAAAAUUUGGCUUUCUUCAAGCCGUACAAGGCGAAGUGUCAAGGACCCAAGAGGGGCGACUGCGUUCAGUGUCGAGAGAUUGUUGACGGCUGGUACGAUGAGGUCAAAAAUUAUGACUUUGGAAUGGGAAAACCCAAAACGCCCGGGGGCGUGGUAAUGCAUUUUACACAGGCAAGUACCUGUUGGUCUAAGAAUGAAUUACGAAUUCGUUGCCCAAAAAGUAGGAAAAAAAGGGAAAAAAGGAAAAGGUAAUUUUUUUUCCGUUUUUCCCGAGAAAGAAUAUACACCGUUAAGGGACUAAAAUGGGUAAUUCUACCCCGCCAAACACUUUCCCUUUCUUUAAUCCUUUCUCGUUCGGGUUUGGAUUACAUUCUCUACAUUUUAGCGAAGAUAUAAAAAUAAUUUAUGAAUAUUUCCCAUGAAUAAACAUACUAGACGAAAAAUUAUUAUUAGUGGGCCGGGCUUUUGCUUUUCCUUUUCCUAUCUGAUAUUGUUGAAUGAUUUACCAAAACAAAGACAUCAACCUUUACUCUUAUUAGUUUCAUUGUGCUCAAUAACUUCUCGCAUUAUAAAACUGGGAUGUGUUUUUUACAAAUGUUCAUCUAAUUAUAGGAAGUAUGGAAAAACUCCCGUCAGUUUGGUAUUGGAACUGCAAAGAGCAACAAGUACGGUUUCAUAGCUGUGGCUCGGUACAGUCCUCGUGGAAACAGAGGGGGACCCGCCAUUUUUAAAGACAAUGUUUUUCCUCCGGGUAUAUAUUGUUAUAAAUUAAUCACGACCUUUUGCAUUUCAAUGAGUCCUCUGUGUAGCCAUAGCCAUAGACACUCUGGUAUCAAAUAAAUCUCGUUCGAAAGGGAGUUGUCAGAUUCAUUAGCUGGCUAAUCAUAAUAUGAUAGGCAAAUAUUCACCAUAUGAUAAAAUCCAGGGGUACAGGUGUAAAAUGCGUGGACGUGAGUAGAACGUGUGGCUUCUAUUUUGUGGCCUUUUCAGGGAUUAUUAGGAAGUGUCAUUUCUGAUGAACUCGGGAGAAGGGAUCUUAGUUGAAGGAGCUUAAUACAUAACAGAAAGAAAAUAGAGGUACAAACCAUAAGAUAUUGAAAAAUUGUUCUCAAAAAUUAUACUAGUGAAACUGGAAUAUUGGGUACCUAACUAUGUUAUGUAUUUCAAAAUUUAGGAACCAUUUCAGACCCGACAGCUUCAGUCAAUACUUCUACCCAGUCCCCUCCAACGCCCACUGGGCCAGGGACUCUUCUUAUGAACGACGCGACUGCUGCCGCUACCCCUGCAUCAGGUAAAAUUAUGAUUUAGUUAGGAGAUCAGCACAAACCUUAAUAGCUUCUUUUUUAUGCCCUUUAGCCUUUGUUUGCAUUGCUUAAGGAGCUCCAGACCUCAGAAUUUCGCGCUCUGCCUCUGAGCCACUCGAUGUUACAUGUAGCUAAGCCAUUAGUCAAUUCAUAUGUGACAAGCCUCCUGCAUUUAGUUAUAAUCAGAAAUCAAAAUCUGCCAUCUUUCUCAAAGACAGCUUUAUAAUCAUUCAAAAAGUUAGAAUUACUAAGAAUAGGCCGGCUCUGUUCACGCAUGGCAUUUGAUGGUUUGUCAUGGCGCUUUUAAUGAGUAAUAUAUUUCUUCUGAAUUAGGGUCAGUUCGCAAUUAAACGUAAAAAAAGUAUAAUAGAGUAUUCAAUGAAAUGAACAAGCCAAUUUCAAUGUCACACAAAUAAAGUAAAUGACGUUUGGCUUUUUUUUUUUUGACAGGCGGAGGUAGCAGCCCCACUCCACUGCCUUCGGCCACUUCACCAAACACUGGUGUGCCAAAAAACGGCAGCGCUACUGUUUUUCCGCCAACUCGAGAACCACCCGGUAGGGUAUCAACGUUAAACUUUUAACGUGAGAAAUGUACUUUUAGGUUUUUUUUUUAAAUACGAUUAAUGACAGAAUUAUGGGAAACUUUGAGAAUGAAUUAGACAAAACUUGAUACGUAAAUUCUCACUGAUAAUUUUUGAUAAAAUAAUCAAUUUCAUUUCUUUGGCUUAAUCAAUGGCACUUCAUGAAAAAUAAUUUUCUGACAGAGAUGACGUGCUGAGUAAUUCAGAUCAUCAGAUUACUGUGCAACUGACAUUUUCUUUCUAUGCUGCCCAGGUCCUGCGUCGAAAAAUAACUCUCAGUGCCAAUAUUUUGUGGUGAACAGUACGACCUCCACUUACGCCGUUGUUCAAAGUGAGGCUCUCCACAGAAAAUUUAUGAUAUAUUAAGAUAAUCAUUGUAAGCAUCAUUUAUAUUCAUCGAAUUGCAUUUUAGAGGAUGGAAAUAAUAGAAGGAGCUGUUCAACAUUAUAAAAACAUAUGCUAAUUUAUCAUAUUCUCUUUCAAUGGUGGAAAAACCAAAAGACAUUUCAGACUACUCACUUCUGAAUAACGUAUAAGGUAACGUCUGUAUCGAAUACGCCAACAGAAGUAUUACACAUGAAAUUUUAAAGGAUACGAAGAUUUGUUUUCUUGUUGGUCUAUUUCAUGCUGGUUCGUAACAUAUUGUAAUCGCUAGACUUGCGGUUGAUUGUUGUUAAUUUUGCCAUUGUUACCUUUUAGAAUGUCGUGGUAGACCUAACGUCACCUUAAUUCCCGAAGGUAAGAAACCUUAAAUGGUGAAGUGUUUCUGGCGAUAUCACUAAAUCGUGCCAGAUCUAUUUUAAAUGAGGGUUCCAUCAACCCGUAAAUUAAUGUUAACCCUGAGCAAUGAAAACCUCUUUGAAAAUUCGGACAACUGAAUGUCUGGUCAGUUCUAAGGUAUCGUUUAUCUGCUGCUAUCAACUUCGCUAUUUCUCCUAGCUAGUCUUAGAUUCGUCCAUAUUUCGUAAGUUGGCCUAAAUAAGACAGAACCAGAUCUCAGAGAUCUCAGAUCUUUGGUUAAAUCAUGAAUAGCCCUUUUUAUAUGAAUUUCCUCUAAUUUCUUUUUUGAGAUCUAACUCUGAUCAACCUAAUCCAGAGGAGACAAAGUUCACUGUGUGCAUAUUCAUACCUAAUUGAAAAAUUCGCAUUUAUGCCCUUAAUCAUUCAUUAGAAAGUCACCAAUGACGUUGCCUUUUUUAAAUAUAAUUACCAUCAAGUCACAAUAUUAAAACGAUCAUAGCGAUCGUGGAGUCACCUUGACUUGCUUUUAUUUUCAACAAGUUAAACUUACCACAUAUUUAAACCUGGUAGGUACCGCUCGCCCGACAAAAACAACAAAAGAACCGAGUAACGGAGGAGGUAACAGCAUGCAAAAUUUGCAGCGAUCUGCAUGCUGUUACUUGUCGCAAAGUAACUGAUUCCUCACGUAAAUUAGAUGCACUAUUCUCUUGUCCAGAUCCUUUUUGUUCUUUUGUUAAAAUCCUUUUUUUCUUUUUGUAUUCUUUUGUAAAAAUCCUUUUUUUUCCUCUCAAGUUCUUUGCUCUUUUAGUUACUCUUUGAACGGGAUACGGGGAGGAACAGCUUUACGCGCAUUAGCUGUUGAAAUUGACCCAGCCCAAUUCAUACGUUCUUAAUAUGAGGGUUAUUUCCAGGUUUGACUGAGUGAACAUAUUGAUAAAACAGCGAUAAACAAAAAAAAAAAAACAAUAUAGCUGAGUUAUAAUUUGAGUCUGAGUUCGUUUAGGCUUAAAUUCGCUCUUCACUAUUUCGACUUUGUUCAUGGAUGGGUUUUGUUUUGAUGGCGAGAAUCAUUAAAUACCUUUCUGAAAACAAAAAGUUUAACAAUAGCUUCUGAGUUCGUCUUUCUAGCUCUAAUGGAAAGCAUGUAUCUAACCAACUAAUAUUGAAAAUAGUUCCUAUUAAUUUAUUUAAUACAGCCCAAUAAAAUAACCAGUAAUCAAAUAUUACUCGGAAACUGUUCAUCGCAUUGGAUAGGAUCGCGAUAAAAGGUGAGAAUACCAUCAACUUUGGAACAAACUGUUAUAAUUUUCGUUAAAAAUCUAAUUUGAACUUGCAUUAAAUAAUUCAAGUAAUAGAUUUCAGGUUCGAGAAGGUUCUAAUUGCACUAAGUAUUAUAAGUAAAUAACAGAAUUGUUAUCAGUAGAUACUAUGAUAAUUAUAAUACUUAAAUGAUGAAAGUAACCAUCGGACUAGACUUCAAACAUCCCUUAUCGAAAGGAAUAGAAAUUAAAACAAAAACAAUCUUUUACGAGCUAUAGAAACAGAAAAAAUGAUCACAUACCGAUACGAAACUAACAAUCAAAGUUUGAAACUACAAUAAGAGAAGAAGCUUUUCAGUGAGGCGAAUCGCACGUUUCUAUCACGUGAGACUCUCACGUCAUGCCAUUAUAUUACUAUGACUAAGAUUAUGGUGAUUUUCGCGUGCUUUCCUCGCUGAGAGGACCAAAAUCUCUCGAUCACGCUUCUUACUUCCUACGUUUUGAUAUUUGAAAGUAUGUCGUGGGUAGGUCUGGUGGUAAAAGAGACUUUCCAAGCUUUGGCGGGAAAUAUUUUUCGGGUCAAAAAUGUCAUCUGUGGUCUUUUGGUAUAAUUUUUCCUUAGAUCUCCGAUACUUAUAAAGUACCUUCAAAAAAUGCUUACCAGCUGUUCAAUGCAUUUAUUUCUCGAUGAAAAUCGAUAGGGAAUAUGACAACUCCCAAACCAGAACAAUCUACGGGAAUAACAACAACAACUCAAACAGUCCCAACAACAGCGCAACCAGAAACAUUAACGACAACAAAAACCACGGCUGGUUCACAAUCAACAAAAACCACUGCCCCGACCACUGGAACAUUAAAACCAGAAUCAACAACAGCUACAACUGUUAGUCCUGAGGUAACGACGGACGAAACAACCAUGACUGCUACCACAAAACCUGAGCUAAUAACUACACAAACAACCACAACCACGCUGAAACCAGAACAGACAUUUCCAACUUCCUCACUGUCACUAACCCCACCAGAAACAACGACAAGUACAACUACGACAAGUAGUUCAGAGAUCACAACAUCAAAACCAACGACUACGCCUCCUCCACAACAAUUUCCGGCAACUACGCCUGCACAGACAACACCAACUACAGGAACCACGAUGAAACCAGAUCUGACCACCACUUCAUCUACACUAAAUUCUGAGUCCACAACUACAACUGGGACACCCACAACUAAGAAUCCUCCACAAACGUUUCCUGAACAGACAACACCUACCACAGGAACCACUUUAAAACCACAGAUGACAACUGCUUCUUCGACAGCGGGCCCAGAACAAACAACUUUGACUACGACUACCACAAGUAAUCCUCCACAGCAAUUUCCAACAACACCUGUACAGACAACAUCAACAUCUGAGACAACAACAAAACCAGAAUUAACAAAACCGUCAUCCACGGGAAGCCCUGGAGAAACAGUGCCCACAACUACUCCUCCUCAACAGUUUCCGACAACAGCUGCACAGACAACGCCAACGACUGUAACGACUACAAAGCCAGAGUUAACGUCACAAACGAUUUCAUCUGCUAGUAAACCAUCAGGAUUAUCAACCACCGCAUCCACAGAAAUAACAACAAGUCAAGGGGCAACAACACCGACUGUAACAACAUCAACAGGUAAAACAACAGCCAGACCAACAACAAAACCUUCCACUUUAUCCAGUGCUCAAACAACAACUGGUACUACGUUGUCAACAUUGGCAUCAACAACAACAGUAGGACAAGAAACAACGAAACCCACAACAAAACCAGGGAUAACAAAUAUUACGACAACACAAACGACCAAAUCUACGGUUACAACAGGUACAGAAUGUCACUGCAAGACUGGAGAAGGACACGGUGUGUUCACAACCAUGUGCAACCAUGAUUUAAGUAUUCAGUCGCGGGAACAAGUAGCGUUUUUGGUUGGAAUCCGAUGCGUCUACGAGAAUUGACUAUACGUCAAAUUUUUGGCCAGGUAGUUUUUAAAAACCCAUCCAACUCAAGCUGGCAUCAAUAGUAGAAGAGGCUUUCGAGUGUUUUGCGCUUUUCUAAUGCCUUUGUUAUGCAUCAGAAAGUCACGUUACAUUUAAAGGUAUUUCUCAAAAACGGCACUUGUUACCCAACGACGGUUCCAAAAUCUUAGGAAGGGCAGAAAACGCGAAAUAGAUGCAUAUAUAUUAUAUGAAAAAAUAUAAAACCACCGCUUGUGAUUGCAAUUUUUGGAAAAGGAACUUAACAUUGCGGAUCUGAAGGAAGCAAUAGUUUAAAAAGCAAUAAAAAAUUGUUUGUGAACGCGCCUUGGCCGUUACCAAGUGCUCUGAAUAAAACCUGUCUUACCCUAUACGAAAAGAUGAAAUGAUUUGACUUUCAUGAUCAUCAAUUAAGCAUGUUUCCUCGUUAAUUUCAUCUUUUGCAGAAAAUCUAUCUAUCUAAGCUAUCCAUAUCUCACUACAAAUAAUUCUUUCAACAUCGUGAUUAGAUUUCAGAAAAAUUAGCUCAUAAACGAAGUGGUGGUUACCGGAAAAAGUUUCUUGUCGAUUGAUUUACCACGAAAUGUUCAUGGAAUAAAUUUGAUGGCCACAAGGGCCCUAGAAGUAUUAAGAUGUGCGCCUUAAUAUCUCGCCGCAUCAUCAAUUCAUCUACUGUAAAACUAACACAGCUCCUCGGCUGGUUGAAUCUCGUAGUUUUCCGGUCGAUAGGAAUGGCCUUUUCUUUUCGACAGUAGCAAUAGAUUGUUUACAUACUAUGUUCAGGCAAUUAAACAGGACAAAUGGCCGACGAUGAGUCCAGUGGCAUAAUUAAGCAUUCCAUAUAAAUGAAAAGCCUCGAACAAGCCCAUCCAUGCAGUCAAUUUCACCUAGAAACUAAUACAGUGGUCCAUACACCACAACAUAUUUCGCAUGGUAGAGUUAGUCGUCUGCUUCGAGUUCGUGUAAUACCUGAAUCAUGAUUGAAAUUUAUUCAUAACAUUAAGAAUUAAUUAAUGAAAGCGAAUUUGCGGAAUAAUAGUUGUCAAGUUCAUUAAGGAACCACUAUUAUUGAAAUAAAUUUUUUGUUUUUUCUGAAAAAUAGGUCCAAAGCCUACCUCAGUCCCACUGACGACGAAGCCUCUGCCUUUAAACCCAUGCGAGCCAAAUCCUUGCAAGAACGGUGGCACCUGUGAAGUAAAGGAGGGCAAUGCCACCUGUACGUGUCCUGAGGGAUACUGGGGUCCUCUUUGUCAAGAUAGAGGUAUGAAGCCUUACGUAUGGUGGUAGACCUUUUCAUGCAGCUGCUUCAUGUAUACAGAAUAUCUUGCCUGAAUUGGGCGACACAGGUUGAUAGAACAAAUUUUUCCGAGUUUUAUUUUUAUGUAUCACUUUUUUUGCAUACAUUUUGCAUCAAGAUUGCUUAUACUCGAUUAUUUUGUAUACUGAUCUGUGUCAUUUGGAAUUGACUCUUAGCUCUGUUACUAAAAAAGCACUAUUGGUGAUUGAAAUCAUUAUCAUUAAUGCAUGAAAAUCAGGCCUGGUAGGCAUGGUAAAAGCUAAUAUCGUCACAAGGGUCGCAAAACUUCAUUUCUUUGAGAAAGGUAAUAUUGUGCACCGCUUUAUUUUAUCCUUAGGCCCCAAUGCUGAUGAAAGUAAAGAUGCGUUGAUGCUUCACAACAUGUACAGAGCAAUGCACCAGGCCCCGUUGUUAACUUGGAACAAGGAAAUGGCAGCAAAAGCGCAGGACUGGGCCGACAAAUUAGCCAGAGAACAGAGACUUAUACAUGAGAACGAGAGUGCGACUGAUUAUGGUGAAAAUCUGGCCGAGGUUGGCAGUGAUGAUAAGGCAUUACUGCGGGCAAUUGAUGCAUGGUACACCGAAGCGGGACUGUACAACUUUAAAGAGCCUAAAUUUUCAAAGGACAGUGGCCAUUUUUCACAGGUAAAAGAUAUAAAAAUGUAUGACAGGGUUAUAAGCGAUGGUAUUUGCCUACCAGGAGCGUGGAGCGUCAUAACGUUUUGUGUUUUAGAAACGCGGUGUCGCUGAUAGACUCAGUCAGACCCCAACCAACAGUUUGUGCUACAUACCUAGACUUUCACUCAAAAAAACGAGCACUGUGAUAAGUUGAUUCUUAGUCUUGUGCCCCUGAUCAAAUUUAAAUGUAUCCCGACCGAGAUACAUUUGCGCAAUUGUUGCCCGCGCGCCGAAUACAACAGCUCGUUUUUGCCAUAAUUAUGAUUGUUUAAGGGAAAGUAUAAAUCUAUGAAAGCAAAGCACUUAAUGUAUGGUCCCUCCGGAAACAAGUUUGUUUUGUUUUCCCUCGAGUCCUUAUGUUUCUUUCGACUUCGUCUCGGGAAACAUCAGGACUCUCGGGAAGACAAAAAAAAAAUUGUUUCCGGAGGGACCAUACACUAAUUGUACAUUGUUAUCUUAAUAACUAUCUCAACUGAUGAAAACCCUUCUCUUUCUCCUUCCUCCCCCUUCCUCCCCCUUUCCCCCCUCUCUCUGGAUAUUCACCUGUACCGCACAUUCAGCUGUUGAGAGAGAAGGAUGGUCGAUUCUAAACCACCCUUUGUUGCUGUUGUUCCUGUAUAUUGCUCGAAUUUACUGUGAUGCAAGAUGAAUGAAGCGCAUUAAAUAUCUCUUAGGGAACCUGACUAUGAUUAACUUUGCCCUUUUUUUUUUUGCUGCACUUCUAUCCAGCUUUCUUACCUCUGAGGAAACGGUGUACCCCUUUUUAAGUGAAGUACGUAUGUUUUAUGAAAAGUUCCGUCUCUCAUUUCAUUAAGCCGUUAAACAUGGAUCGACUAAGUUUUUGUAUUGCGUAAUAUUUUUCAGUCGUCUAAAUGAAAUGUUUUUUCCUUUUCAGUUGGUUUGGGGUGCUUCAAAUGAGCUUGGAAUGGCAAAGGCGAAAACCAAAGACAACUUAAAUGUGUACGUGGUGGCGCGAUACAAACCAGCCGGAAACGUAGUCAAUCUGUUUGAAUCAAAUGUAAAGCCUAAACAGUAAGAUUUACGACUAAAAAGACACUUUAACUUUCUCUCAAUAACUUUUUAUGGAAGAAAAUCUGAAUAGGGCGAUGUUAGCUGUAAAUGCAGAUGAUAUAUGGAAACACAUUAAGUAAAGUUUCAUUUACUCCUUAAAUUUGUUGUCUGUUUUCUCUCCUCGAUAUUUUGUCAAUUUAUUGACUGCACCAUGC